AGUACCCUCUGCUGGUCUGGCGCCUACAGUACCGCUGCUAAACGCUGGACCGAUCACAGUCGGCAGGGGGCUGGAGGGGCUGGGGGAGGUGCGACUGGUGACUCACGGACCAGUCCUCAGGAGCCGCCGAAGGGCCGCGCUCAGUGACGAGCGGCCACCGGUGUGUGGGGGUGUCCGCCAGCCGGCCGCUAUGGAGUUGUGAACUCGGACUCACCGAGAGAGGAGCGGUGAGGGAUCGAGAGAGAGCUGUGAUUGUACCAAACAUGUCUGCGGGCGUGUGGUGGGCGCUGUGUCUGCUGGCCGCGGGUCUGCCGGCGGCGCACCUGUACGCCGCCCCCAGAGGUGCUCCAACCACCGCUGUAUCCCGGCCACCUGGCACUGCGACGGAGACGACGACUGCGGAGACGGAGCAGACGAGCCCGCCGACUGCAAGUCCAAGGAGCGCACCUGCUUCGGCGACCUCUUCACCUGCGAUAACGGCUACAGCAAACGCGCCAACCGAAACUGAGACGCUGGAGACGGACCAUAUGACAGCAAUUCCAGGGACCCCAUCUGCAUCGGCGAUCUCUUUAUUUGUGAACAUUGCAUCCACGCCAACUGAAAUGGAAAAGGAUACAAAGGGUUUAAACACGCAGACCACACCGGUUUCGGCGACCUCUUUGUCCGCGACAGCGGCUACCCCAUCCACGCUGCCCGAUAAUGAGAAGAACACGGUGUUUGCAAGCUCAUGGGCCGCAUCUGUUUCGGCGACCUCUUCACCUUCAACAGCAGCUGCAACAUCUGGCGCUAAGACCCCCGAAACGGACACGACUAGUUUUAGUCGAGGAACCACGCUUGCUUCAGUGACCUCCUCGCCUACGACAACGGCUACCGCACCCACGCCAACCGAAACUGAGAAGGAAACGAUAAGUCCAGUAACCACACCUGUUUCGGCGGCCUCUUCGCCUACGCCAGCGGCUACUGCACCCAUGCCGCAUGGCACUGAGGCGGAGACCACAACCGCCGUGACAAUACCAACGAGCCUGCCAAAUGCAGCUCCAAUCAGUGACUACCGGCAGUGCUCCGAGUACGAGUUCGCGUGCACGGAGAACAAAAAGUGGGGCCGCGCGCUGUGCAUCCCGAGGCAGUGGGUGUGUGACGGCGACCCGGACUGCGUGGACGGCGCCGACGAGGACAGGGUGCACGCAAACUGCGCCGAGCUACCCAACACGUGCACAGAGGAGCAGUUCACCUGCAACAACGGGCGCUGUAUCAGCAGCCACUGGGAGUGCGACCACGACAACGACUGCGGCGACGGCAGUGACGAGGGCAAAUCGUGCAACACCCGCUACCGCAACUGCACGGCCGACGAGUUCGCCUGCGACAACGCCAAGUGCGUGCGGAAGGCGUACCACUGCGACGGAGACGACGACUGCGGCGACUACUCGGACGAAAAGGACUGCUCCAAGGAGGAGACCGAGUGUCCCCCGGGAGAGUUCUCGUGCGGCGGCAAGGACCUCGAGAAGCGCUGCAUCAAAUACGAGCUCGUCUGUAACAAGGUGGACGACUGUGAGAACGGCGCUGACGAGCCGCCGCACUGCAACGUCGACGAGUGCGCCAAGACGGAGCUGCACCAGUGCGGACACAAGUGUGUCAACACGCUCACCGGCUUCUACUGCGAGUGCAACCCCGGAUACAGGCUGAUGGCCGACAAGAAGGCGUGCGAGGACCUGAACGAGUGCUCACAGCAGAUCAGCAAGUGCUCCCAGAAGUGCUUCAACAUGCCGGGCUCGUUCGCCUGCAAGUGCGACGAGAAGUACUACGACAGAGAGCUGGACGGCUACACGUGUAAGCGGCGCGACAACAUCGAGCCGUGGCUCAUCAUCACCAACAAACACUACGUGCGCAACAUUUCCACGGACGGCGCUCACUACACGCUGAUGCGCCAGAAUCUACAGAACGUGGUGGCGCUCGACUUUGACCUGCAGGAGGACCGAUUCUACUUCGCUGAUGUCGCAGACAAUAAGAUCCACAGGACGGUCCGCAAUGACAGCGGCGAGUUCUACGAGCCUAUCAUCACCAGCCAGACGGGCGGCCUGGCGGGCCUCAGCGUCGACUGGGUGGGCCGCAAGCUCUACUGGCUGGACCGGCACGAGAAGCACCUGGACGUGUCCAACCUGGACGGCUCGUACCGGCGAACGCUGAUCAACCGCGGCCUGACCGACCCGCGAGCCAUUUCCGUCCACCCGGGCAUCGGCUACAUCUUCUUCAUCGACUGGAGCCUGCAGUCCUUCAUCGGCAAGGUCGGCAUGGACGGCAGCAAUUUCACACGCAUCAUUACAUUCAACGACAGGGUUGUUUGGCCUAAUGCGCUCACAAUCGACUUCUUUGCCGACAAGAUCUUCUGGGCGGAUGCCCACUUGGAUUACAUCGCCUACUCGGACUUCGAGGGUCGCGGACGGCACGAGGUUCUUCAGGGCGCCAACGUUCACCACGUGUUUGCUCUGACCGUCAUCGACGACACGCUCUUCUGGACCGACUGGAACCUCAAGGCGGUGGUGCGCGCGCACAAAUUCACCGGAGAGAACGUGGCCAUUCUGCGCAACACCACGACCCGUCCGUACGACAUCAAGGUGUAUCAUCCGCUGCGGCAGCUGGCCUAUCCGAACCCUUGCGCCGAGAACAACGGUAGCUGCUCGCACCUGUGUCUGCUGUCGCCCAAACGCGAUGGUGGUGUGCGUGCCCAGUGCGUGGGGUGA